AACAGUCCUCAGGACUUUAAUUCAUUGGUCAGACUGAGGGAGCAACUAAAAAAAACCUUUGAAAAUGCUGUGGAUCUUGUGUCUCCCAAAUGCAUCCCUCUUUCUCCUGCUUCUCCCGUGCUUCCCUGCCCAGGACGCUAAAUCCAGAAGGGCUCUGGAGCAAUCACCACUCCAUGCCAACCCUGAGCAAGGCCAGUCUGUCAGCAUCACCUGUGUGAUGAAAAGCUCACCUGAAGGCGCGAAGUUCUACUUGCUCAGGACUCACGUGCAGCCUGGCACAGUUCUGUCUGUGUCACAUCUCAACCUGUCAGAGGUCUCUCCUGCCUUUGGGAAUCGCUUGGGGUAUUCAAGGGAAGGAAACAGAGCUGUGGUAACUCUACACAAGCUACAGGAACAGGACAGUGAUAUCUACAUCUGUGCCCAGGAUGUGGAGGGUUCCCCUCUGCUCUCUGCCAGUGGCACCAUGCUGCUGGUUAAAGAAGUGGAGCAGGCAUGUGAGAAGAGCUCCUGGGAUUUCUAUGCCCUUGUCACGGUGAUGGCUCUGCUGUUCUUUGCCCUGGUGUGCUGCAUCUUGUACCGUGUGGAUGUGAAGAAAUAUUUCCAGAAGAAAAAGCCCAAUGAGGUAUACGAAGACAUGUCCUACAACUCCAGGCGGAGCACACUGGUCAGAAACAACACCUAUUCCAGAGGUGAAUAAACUUCUGCCAGCUGGGACCAUUCCCUCACAGGCAGCUCUGAGAGCUGCUUUAACCCCCUGAACUGAAAUUGCUAUCACCUACCUUCUUCAGUGGAAAGAAAAGCCUCAUUUCCAAGGUUGUUUGUACUUUUUUUAACGUGUUGUUUUUUUUUUCUUUUUAAAUGUACAGAAAAUGUUGCAAAAUGCAGGUACCCUGGACACAUGUAUGCAGUUCAGUGUGAAAAAGCAGCAUUUGGGGGCUAAAUGCAACAUAUGGGCUUGUUUCUUUGCUAAAUAACCCUUUCUGGGAUGGAGAGGUCUGGUUCUGAGCAUUGCUGUAUCUCAGGAAGACCACACAGGUCUGAUCAAUAAUUUGCCAUGGAUCCACAAAGGUAUGGAUUCCAGUUCUCUUGUGGACCCUUGCCCAAGAGCUCAGGCAGCUAAAACUACUCAAGAGUUACAGCAGGGAAAUCUGUUCUGCAGAAACUUCCGAAAUGUGGCAGGGUGAAAUGCUGGAUCCAUGUGGGGUCACCUGCUCCAAGGCCAUGAUGGUCCCACAAAAACAAAAUCAAGUCUAGAUUUUAAUUCACUGCCUCUGUCAGAGCUACUCACGUGACUGAUGGGGGUCUUGAUGUGGUUGACGAGAAAAGUGACUAAACUUAGGUCCUGGUGGCUUCCUGGGUGUCUUGGUUUGAACAGACAGGUCUCUGCUAAGGAAGGCAGGAGCCUCCCCUGAAAUGGAAAAUGCAAACCCCCUCCCUCUGAAUUAUUGUAAUUUUGAAAUUAAGGGGGUCUCAGGCAAAGAUAUGGGAGUAGGAAUAACAGUUCUUUACUAGGAAAAUUAAAAAUACAAAUGUUAUAGUACAGACAAAAAAAAAACCCAAAAAACAAACAAAACAAAACAAAACAAAACAAAAAAAAAACAAAAACAAAACAAAAAAAAAACUACACUGCCAGAAUCAGAACAUGCCCUGACCCCCUGGUGGCAGCAGUGCCAUUCCAUGGGGGCUCAGCCCUCCUGCAGUGCCAGCUGUGCUUCUGCUGGAGCAGGAUCCUGGACAAGGCUGGAGUUUUCCUCUGAAACUCCAGGGCUGCUGGAGAUGGG